GUCUCUGGUAUUCAUGCGUCGGCAAAGGAGCGCGGUUCCUGAAGAAAAAACAGCGGCAGUGGGCGCUUGGUCCACCGUAUUGUCUGUCCGCACGAUACCUGCACGUUGGCGCGUGUAUCGCCGCUUACUUGGCCGGUUUCUCUCCACGUUUCGACGACUUGCGGGCGCCUGGAACGUAAUCUCGGUGAGGCCAUAGCAGCAGUUUGUAAUCUUGCCUAACGUCAAGCUUUCAGUUAGCUCGUAGCCGCGAUGUCGGGUGUCGUGCGAGGCCCUGCUGGGAACAACGACUGCCGAAUUUACGUUGGAAACCUGCCCCCGGACAUCCGCACCAAAGAUGUGGAGGACGUGUUCUACAAAUACGGGACGAUCCGAGACAUCGACCUGAAGAACCGGAGAGGAGGGCCGCCUUUCGCCUUUAUUGAAUUCGAGGACCCGCGGGACGCCGACGAUGCCGUCUAUGGGCGUGAUGGUUACGACUACGACGGCUACAGACUGCGUGUGGAGUUUCCACGGAGCGGCAGGGGCUCCAGAGGCGGCUUCGGUGGGAUUGGCGGGGCACAAAGAGGCAGAUACGGGCCACCGUCCAGACGAUCCGAGUACAGGGUCGUUGUGUCGGGGCUCCCUCAGAGCGGCAGCUGGCAGGACUUGAAGGACCACAUGCGUGAGGCAGGCGACGUGUGCUACGCCGACGUUUACAGAGAUGGAACCGGAGUUGUAGAGUUUGUGCGCAAAGAGGACAUGACCUAUGCCGUUCGAAAGCUGGACAACACCAAAUUCCGCUCCCAUGAGGGAGAGACUGCUUACAUUCGUGUGAAAUUAGAUGGUCCCCGCAGCCCAAGUUACGGAAGAUCUCGCUCACGCAGCCGUGGCAGCCGGAGCAGGAGCCGCAGUCGCAGCGCCAGCCGCAGUCGCAGCAAUUCCCGUGGCCGUGGCAGAGGAUCGCCCCGCUACUCGCCUCGUCACAGCCGUUCUCGCUCCCGUUCCUAAACCUUUCUACCACCGAUGUGUUGCCCUUUUGAUGUAUACCCUCCUGUUUUUACCUCUUAUGAGUUCCUCCAGAUGUCAGCUAUUGAUUUUUAAUUUUGGCAUUUCUUGUCCCGAUGUCCUUGUGGAUGAUCUUGGUAUGUAGAUGUACACCCCUCCCUCCUUCCUCCCGUCUCCUCCUUUCGACCUUUCCCCCUUCCCCUCUCCUGCAGCUUUGUCCUUUUGUUUUCUCCCUCUCGCCCUUCUUUCUGUCCUCUCAAUUUUUGCAAAAUAAGAAGUUGUGCUGUGUUGAACUUCAAAAAUGUUGAGUUGUUUUGAGCUGCACUCAAUGUUUUUGCAAGUGUUGAAAAUUGAAUAUUUUUUUUGUUCUUUCUUUUUCUUUUCUUUUUUAAAAAAAAUAGCUUCUCUUAUUGGAUAUGUGGGGUGGGCUGUUUGGACGGGGAGCCCAAUGCUUAACUGUAUUUUACCCUUGUGUCUUCCUUUAGACAUCUGAAGAGAAGGAUUAAAGUGAUUUGGAAUAAAACCAUUGUGGAGCACAUUUCAUUUGUAUGGUCAGGAUAGGACAUCUAGGAGCAAUCAGGUCGAGGCAAUGGUUUUGAUUGGAGGAGUGGCUCAGUGGAUCCCAAUCCUUGGAGCUGGAUGAGUGGAUCGAUUAGGGAAGGGAUAGGCAAGGAUGGAUGCUCGGAAACGGGAGCAGUUUUUCCAGGAUUCAAAUGAGAGUUGAUUCAGAACUAAUUAACGGGAGUCCCAGAGCAACUCUUGUUUUUUUUUUUUCUCUCGAUUAGGCCCCCCUGCCUAAAGUUUUUCAGUGAUAAUGGCUUUAUUUUACAAGAAAACGAAAACUGAGGACCAGGAAGUUGGAUCAAAGGAUGGAGUCGUAGAUGCCUGGUAUGAAGGAAUUAAAAAUUGGGGAGGUUGGGGAAAGGGGUUUCAUUUGGGAGUAGUUUGUAUGUUUUAUUUUGCUUAAUCUUACUUUUUUCUCUUAGCAUUUUCAAUAAAAAACACUUUCAAACAAGGAAA